GAAUGUUGUAACAGCGGUAAACGCGAUGGCGGCAGCUGAAAUUCAGAACCAAACAUACGACGUCAUACACUGCCUAUUACAAAAUGAACUAUAUUUUGAUAUGGUGGAGCCUGAUGGUGCUGAAGAUGAGAACUCAUUUGACCCUGUAAAAAUAGCCUCAAAGCUCAGGGAACUGGGUGAUGAUUAUGAUGAGAGAGUGAUCCAGCCAUUGAUGAAGAAUGUACAGAAAGCUGCAGCCGAUCAGGUGGUGACUGCCUUCAGUGAUAGUGUGGACAGCUUGUGUAAGAUGUGGGUUGUGGAAAGAACAGAAGUGGCCUCAGAGAAGCAGCUUCUCAAGGCCGCCAUCACACUGGGACUCUUUAUGAAGAAAAACUGCCCUGACAUGACGAAUGUAGUUGAGAGCGCUAUGAUGGGAUUCGUCAACAACCGUCUAACAUACUGGAUUGCAGAGCAAGGUGGCUGGGUGAGGAUUCUUUUAUCAGAUUUACAUUAACUGCUUCUUUUUGUAGGAAACUUAGUAACGAAAACCAAGAGAUUUGGGUAUGUCUCCAGCAAGGAUAAGUGACUUUCAAACCAAGCAGCUUCCUGUUGGUCAGUGUGGUGAAUUCACAUGACCAACUUGAACUUUUUUUGCCCUCGUGUGGAACUCCCAGUCGCAUAUUAGAAGGCAUGAAUGUGAAUGAAUGAA